AUGGAGAGGUUUCUGAAACAGUAUGAUAAGGAGAGAAUGAAGAUGGCCAUGUUGAAGCAUGAAGAAACUUUCAGACAACAAGUUCAUGAACUUCACCGUCUGUAUAGAGUUCAAAAGAUACUGAUGAGUGAUCUGAAGAUUAAAGAGUUGAAGAGAGAACAGAGAUGGAGAGAAGAAAGGCGAAGAAUUCCUCGGCAACUUGAUCUUGAACAGCCUGCAGAAGAGUAUAUAGAAGGUGAGGAUAGGCAUGGGAUGAUUGAAAGUGAUGAUGAGAAUUACUUAGAGCUGACAUUGGCCACCGGGAGAAGCCGAAGAAAGAAGGAUGAAAGAUCAUAUACUUCAGACUCCGGCACGAGCUUUUCUUCGUCUUCAUCGGAGUCUGGUAGAAUUAAGCUCAAUGGAUUUGAGGUUGAAGGUGGUGUUAGAGAGGAUAGAAUGAAGCAGUAUCCUCCUUGGCUCUUUCAAUGUUUGAGUCUUAACAUGACAUGA